GGCAUCCUUGUACAGUAAAUCGAUCCGAGUCUUUGCAUCAUUAACGCGCUUGCACAUGCCAGACUCGUCUCUUUUUUAUACUUGUCAACCUCCGAACCUGACCUGACCACUCUCUGAAUGCAAUCGCCCCCCAGGCUUUGCUCGAAUAUGAGAGUGUCCGCGUCAACACAAUUCUCUAGAAAGACCUUCCCCCUUCCGAGAUGAGAGCUGGCUCCUUCAUAGGCCGGCUUUUCGUCCACCCGGGCUUCCGAACAUACCCCAACGUCAACACCCACACCAGGUUCACCAUUGCCAGUCUUGGUCGUCGUUUCGCGUCUCAGAGCUCCCACAGCCCUCGAUUCACACAAUGGCCCAAAGGCGCGCCGAAAAGAAUAGCACUGCGUGCUUCCGGUGGUGCUGCGGCACUAGGAACAGCUGCUUUUGUUGAGCUGUCGCAACAAGAAAACGGCAACGAUCAAGAGACCGGCGAGAAGCGCAUGCUCGAGGUAUCACGGGCUGAGGUCAAAAAGGGCGUAUCAGCCGAUUCACAUGGUCUUUCGAGGCUCGGAGAGCGCAUCAAGUACUUGAUCGACCUCUUGAUCAUCGAGCCCGUAUGCACUGGGUUCCGUUUCCUCCAGCUUGUUGUAAUUUUUGUGCCGGUGAUAAUCACCAUUCCUGCCAUAUACUUUGGAAAACGACAACCUAGUAGAGACAACGAACGAUCAGGUACGCUCUGGUGGUAUGGCUUCUUGGUCAACGAGAUGGAAAUGGCUGGCCCAGCCUUCAUCAAACUCGGACAAUGGGCUGCCUCGCGAACCGAUAUCUUCCCUACCGAAAUGUGCGAGAUCAUGUCUAAGCUUCACUCGAAUGCGCCGGCUCACUCACUCCAUGCAACGCGCGUCACGGUGGAAGCUGCUUUUGGUGGCCGCCCCUUUGACGACAUCUUUGACGAAUUCCAGGAGAAGCCUUUAGGUGUUGGCGCUAUCGCCCAGGUCUACAAGGCCAAGCUGAAGCCAGGCUUGGCUAAGCCAGACGAAGCUGAUCUUCAUGACUCAUAUCCUCUGGCGCAAAAUAUGAAGCGCAAUGUUGAUACAGUGCUUAAGAGCUCACCGCAGAGAGUACCGUCGUCCUACGUUGCAGUCAAAGUGCUGCACCCAUACGUCGAGAGGACGGUUCGACGAGACCUUCGCAUCAUGGGCUUCUUCGCUUCCCUGCUCAACUUGAUUCCUACGAUUGAGUGGCUGUCACUGCCCGACGAGGUUGCUCAAUUUGGGGAGAUGAUGAAGCUCCAGCUUGACCUUCGCAUAGAGGCCGCAAAUCUGGCCACUUUCCGGAAGAACUUCAAAGAUCGAUCUACAGCCUGGUUCCCAUACCCGUAUACUGAAUACACAACGCGAAAUGUCCUUAUUGAAGAAUACGCCCAGGGUAUCCCAUUGGCAGACUUUAUGGAGAAUGGCGGCGGCGUCUUCCAACAUGAUAUUGCCGACGAAGGCCUUGACGCUUUCCUCCGUAUGUUACUCCUUGAUAAUUUUGUCCACGCUGAUUUGCAUCCUGGCAACAUCAUGGUGCGAUUCUACCAAUCAGCUCACCCCGAGCUGCGUCUAAGAAAGACAAUGACAAAGGCGCAUCCUGAUGAGAAGGAAGAUGUGACCGAACAAGUGCUUGAACGACUUCGACCAUAUCGACACCGCAAGGAUCCCAAGGCUUGGGAGGCGGAGCUGGCCAAGAUCGAUGCUGAAGGUUUCCGGCCUCAGCUCAUUUUUAUCGACACUGGACUCGUGACUGAACUCAACGCUGUGAACCGCGAGAACUUCCUCGACCUUUUCCGCGCCGUUGCUGAGUUUGAUGGUUACAAGGCCGGCCAUCUCAUGUGCGAACGCUGUCGCCAACCAGAUGCUGUACUCGAUAAAGAAGUAUUUGCUCUAAAGAUGCAGCAUCUAGUUCUCGGUGUCAAGAGCCGCACCCUGGCUCUCGGUAACGUCAAAAUCGGCGAUAUCCUGCAAGAGGUGCUUAGCAUGGUUCGAAACCACCAUGUUCGUCUCGAGGGCGAUUUCGUCAACGUCGUAAUUAGUAUUCUGCUUCUUGAGGGUAUUGGUCGCAGUCUGAACCCCGAUGUCGAUCUACUCAGCAGCUCCUUGCCAAUCCUGCGUCAGCUCAGCGCCCAGAGCGGCCCAGGUAUGGCAAAGCAUGGCGACUUUUCCAUGCUAGUGGUAUGGCUGGGAUUGGAAGCAAGACGGUUUAUGCAAGCCAGCAUCGAAGACGUCGAACGAUGUGUCAAGUAUGACCAACUUUCCCCCAAUGUGUAAUUAUAAAGAUCUUGUUUGAACUAGAAUUCGCGGAGUACAGCAUCAGAAGGCGUACGGGUGGGGAUGAUAAAUACGUGAGAAAUACAUGAGAGACACGACGAAACAAAGACCUACUCUUAGAUGUGCGUAAUUUCAUUGAAUUAUUAUAUAGGCUGGUCCCCUUUCUAACAAUAAACCACCGCUUUCACGUAAUAAUAUCGUGAGUCUACAUCUCCGCGUAAUACCGUCUAAAUUGACGCUGUCUUGAUUCACGCCUUUCUAUCUUUAGGUGCCUAUUGAGCACUUCCUAUCCCAUAACCGCACCAUAACGCCUUGAUCUUUAGAAUUACGAAGAAACGAAAGGGAACUCCUAAUCCGUACUGGCACUCAAUUCCAUAGACUUGUCCCACAAGUUCCUCAGUAUGGCUGCGGUACCAUCUUCCUCUUCACCGCCAACCAGACUUGAUCCGCUCAGUCGGUCAGUAAGCCUACCAUCGUCGUCGUUGCCGUCGUAGCUCGACGAGGCACCGUUGGUUGUCCGUACCGAGGCAGGGCGUUUCGGCGUCAUCGGUCGUCGAGAAUCGGGCAUGCUGACGUUGCGGGUGUGCUGGCGCAUGGUGAGGUCUGUGGAACGCUUGCCGUUUGUCGAAGCGGUGCCAGGUCGUGGGAUGCGCAAUGAUUUGUCCAUACCGGGGAGAUGGUUGAGACGUUCGAGUGAACGAGAAAUGGGGUUGAGAUGCCUUCGAACAACGAGAUACUCCAUGCCUGUACGCUCCAAGAGCUUGCCUACACGUGGAUCUCGACUGUUACCUCCGUCAUAUCCGGGACCACCGACACCGAUGAGUGGAGAAUGACCGACUACACCUCCGACACCACCAACUGCUUGCCCAGGCUCAAUCACGGAACUGGCUCGCUGCAGGUUAAGCUUCUGCUGUGUUCGCGAUGUUUGAGCGGCAGGCGGCGCAGCCCGUCGGGCCGCCUUGGGCGCUAGUGCGCUAUCAUCAAUGUCGUCUUUUGGUGCGCUUGUUGGGGGUUCUCGGCGCUCCUCACGGUCGCCUUGCAGGCUGGUCACAGAACGAGGUUUUUUAGGCGCGUCAUCGUAUCUGCGAAAGUCUCCCCGAGGUGGCCGGUAGAAGGAUCCCUCACUAGUCAAUCCAGAGCCAACAGCCUCGACAAACCGGGAUGUCAAUUCAUCCUGAUUACUUCCCGCAAGAGUUCCUGACCCUAUGGCAUCAGCAGAGGCUGGCGCAAAAUGGCGAGGAGAGAUGUGCGCCAGAUCUGCGCUCAUCUGGGGCGGAGCUCCGUGGGACGGAGUGCGCUGCAAUAUGCGGGAAGUGAGAUACUCCUUGUGAUGUAUCGUCUCCAACUCGGGGCUCGUUGAGUUCCGCUGCCCCGGCUCGUGUUGUGGUUGCUCGGCCAGCUUUGGAGCGGCGGAAUCGUUGGGUGUAGCCGGUCUUGAUCCGCCAGUGCGGUCGUCGGGGUGGUGCACGGAGUGGUUACUACUGUUGAGAGAACCCUUGCGGGAGAGGUAGGGGGAAUUAGAGCCACUCGCGUCGACCCAUUCGUCCUCCUCGUUACCCAAAUCGAAAUGGACCUGUGACUUGCCGUGAGAGAUUUGAGGCUGAUAAACAAUUGUAGUACUUGAAGCUCGCUUCAGUUCUGCAGACCGAGUGCGCUUCCCGACUUCUGUAUGCGAGCGAUUGCGCUUAAGUUUUGAGUGGGAAGGACUCUUGACGAUUCUCGUGUGCGAGGGACUUUUGACCAGUUUUGUCUGGGAAGAACUCUUGUCGAGCUUUGUGUGGGAAGAGUUCUUGGUCAGCCUGGAUUGAGAUGCGCUCUUGGUAAGGUUGCCAGACGAAGACUCGCGAGAAGAGAGUUUUGCGUCGCUGAGAGCUCGUCGAUGAGAAUUGGGACCGGAGGAGAUUCGGUGUUGCUGCUGCUGCUCGAUCUGAUCGGGGGUAUCGGUAUGGCGACGGCUGAGCUUAGGCUGCUUCGGGGCAGUUUUUGAUGCUGGGCCGCGGGCGUGGUGGAGGUGACCAACAGUGUGCUGUCGCUGGUGAUGACGAUGGGGUCUCCGAUGCUGCUGCUGGUGUUGGUGUUGUUGGUUAACACCGCUGCUCUCGCUCUGCGAAUCACUCUCCUGAUGGUUGAGCGGAGGUCGUUUUGAUUGGCCGCCCAACGACGAUGCGCUGUCCGCAUCUCGGGUGUGAGGCAUGGUUGGUAGGGAUUGGAGGUAUAAUACAGCAAGAUAAAGGUUGCGCGCCGUUCGUUCUGGGUGAUGCGACGGCGAAUUGGUCGUUGUCGUAUCUGACGGAUCUCGAGCGGUAAAAGAUUUUCAACUUUUGGCGACUUUUCUUUCUCCUUUGUUGUGUUUGCGACUGACUACAAAUGUUAUAUUCCCUUUUUGGCUGCACUGAUGACCAGGGUAUUUAAUAUCAUGGGCGCUGCAGCAGUAGUUGCAAAUAAAUACGUGACAAAGAAUAAGGAAAGUGGUAGGAGGUUAAUUGACUCCGCGUCGUAUCAGAGAUUCAGUAGGUAGGUAGGCAGUCGUCGUCUCGGAUCGCGAAUGGUGGUGGUUCCGUCCCCGUUGCCGAUUAUGGAGCUCCCUUUAAGUCAGAUUUGUAGGGCUCCCUUUCAGUGAUGUCAAUGUCAAUGGAUCGGCCACGAGAAGAAUCGGUGAGGGUUGAGAGUAGUGGAGGAGCGGAGAUAGGCCGGCGAUCACUAUGAGUCUGGAGUCCGAGGAGAAGAAGAAGAUGAUGAUGA